UAAAUACCAUAUCCUAUGUGGCACCCAGUGUUCCAGCAGUCGGUCAGUCGAUAUCACGAUUUCCAACCAACCUCACCUGGACUAAAUAGAAAAAUAUCUGUGUGUUCAUUAAGGAGUCUGGUGACCAUAUCGCCGAGAUCCAAGAAUUUUUUGCAGCAAUUUGAUAUAAUUGCUGUCAAAAUUGCUCCGCUCACAGAUAACGUUUCGGAGUACGGGGGCGGGGCUCGUGUAGUGUGGGCCAUGUCGGCAGGCGAUAGAGAAGCGGAGGCUCAGGCCAAGAAAGAAGAAGGCAGCACAAGCGAAGAUGGCAGAACAGCUGUCUUGAAACAGCACUGGUGUAUUGGGCUCAGGAUUGUGGAAUUGCUGUUCGCGGUGAUCGCGAUCGGUUUGAUGGUGGGAGCCCUCAACUCACACCAGCUGGCCAACAUCGACCACCGACACAUCGCGCUCAUAUACUCCACUUACUCCGGUUUCAUUAUAAUCGUCGGCGUUUUAAUAAUCGCUCGUUUGCUGGGCGAGUCGGCCGGCUGGCGUACAUCGCUCGGUUUUUCAAUCAUCGGUGCUGUUUUGUUCACCGCCACAGCCGCUGUUAUAUUCUACGACUGGCACAGAUCCUACUACGCGAACGUUCGUCCCAACAAACAGUUCUACGACCUUGUAAUAUCGUCCGGAGUAUUUUCUAUUAUAAACGCGGUUGUGUUCAUCGUUCACGCUUUCCUAACAUUCAAGAAGGAAGCGGAUUAUUAAUAAGAAAUAUUAUUAUAUUUAAUCGUAAUGUAAUCCACGUUUUGUUAUAUUUAUUGUAAUAGUAUUAAGGAAGAUAUUUUUAAGAUAUACUAAUUAUCAUUUUUAUUUACUCCCAAAGUGUUAGACAUAGUUUAGAAGUAAUCGGAUACUUGUACAUAAUGUUGGUUGUCCUGGAGUGUAGCUUUGUGUUUAGCUUAUAAUGAUUAUCGUAAGUGUAUGAAGUUGUCCGUGACGCAGCUAUUUUAUUAGAAAGUAUUAUCGCCUGUAAACGUUUGCUCUUGGCCGAGAAAGUGCAAGUUUAAAAAAUAUAGAAAAAGGUGUAGAAUCUAUUAAACGAUUUUAUUGACCGCUAAUGGUGACUUUCUCUUCUAAAUUUAAAAUCUUAUAUUAUUUAAUUUAAAUUUCGAAUGGAAUCUACACCGAAAUUCAUUAGUAUUAAGAUUAUUAUAAGAAAUAUAUGCUUAGAUUAUUUUUAUUUAAAUUUUUAAUAAAUAAUGCGAAUACUUAAACAUUCCUUUGUUGUCAGUGUUGCCAGAAUGUUUGCAACGAGAAAUUAAAUAACCACAUUCGGUGUUAUUUUUAAUUUAUUGUCCAAAAAUGUAUUACUUUUCUAAAUUUUUAUUAUAUUGAGUGUAACAACGUACUUAUUAAUGUUAUUUCAAAGUAAAAUUUUUGCAGAUAUUUAUUUAUUUUUAAAUUUAUUUUUAGUUAUAAGAUGUUAUUAUAAGCCAAAGCAGUAAUCAGUAUCCGUCCAGUGGUAGAUAGUUUAUGUUUAUUCAUUUUGUACCUUCACUUAUUUCACGACUGUUGAAAUGUAACGUAUUAAUUUUCUUUUUAAAAACUUUGACUUAUAUUGUAUUAAUAAUUAUAUUCUAAGUAGUAUAGAAUAACCAAAUAAAAAUUUUGGUGCAUUUAGUAUGAGAAUGUGCGUUACGAAAAAUUUACGUUUAUCGAGUUUAAAAAAAAGUUAAGAUUGUCAGAGAAUAGAAAGGAACAAAAACUCGAAUACUUUGUUGGUUAUCGUUUAAUAUAACUCAUACUAAGGGUGCUGUAAAAUAUGUUUAUUAUGUAAAAUAUAAUCCUGGCGCUAAUGCUACCUUAUGUCGCAUCCGGUAAACGGUACCGCGUAACUAAUAUAGUGUAAAUAAUAUAUUAUGAAUGUUGUGACUCGGUUGUUCGAUGCAUUAUUAUAAGAUUAAGUUAUGUAUUCGUAUCUUAAAUAAAUAAAUUAACCACCCAA